GUUUUUAAUACCUCCAUGCUGAGACACGGCUAGGAAAUAUACUUAAACACCACAUGUGAUCAGAGAGGCUACUGUUCCAGUCAAAAAAAACAACGCCCUCCUGCUAAAAUACAAUAAAUUUAACCCGGGGGAAGAUGAAUGAACGGAUUCAUGGUUUAGUGCAUCCGCAAUCGCUACCACAACUUCAAAAUACUGUGCAGAUAGCCUUAGUAUACAAAGUGGGGCCAGUCGUCUAUGAAUAAAAGAACGGCUGACGUGGGUUUUAGAAUAUUAAUAGGGUGUAUAAGCAAUAAUAAAAUACAACGGGCCUAUUAUGCGACACCCAAUGAAGCUGAACGAAUGAAAGGAAGGAAGUGUAUACAAAGAAGUCCGGGUAGUAGGCCUACAGUACAGUGAUUUUUUUUCGAAAAAAAGGAGAAUUUAAUCAGCAAAAUGGACAAGGAACAAGGCUUAUCUGAUGACGAUUUCUUACAGUUGUUGGUUCAUACAUCAACAUGGUAUGAUAAACAACGUUUAGUCCCGAUGUUAAAAGUUGUAUACAAGGACCAUAUUGAAACUUAUAGUCUUGAAAGUGCUUCGAAGACGAUGGACUUAUUAAAAAAAUUAAUGGCAGCUGGGAAGCUGAGUCAAGGAAAUCUCACUCUCCUUUAUGAUACCAUACAUGUAACAGAAACACAUGGCUUGUUGCAGAAAUUGAAGAUGCAACUACCGUCGUAUCGUAGAGAAACUCUCAAUGAACACAGGGAAAAUUUGAUCAGGCUCGGAAAGAAACUAACGCUAAGUGACGUAUAUAUAAUCAAAGAACUUUACGAGGAAACAAGAUAUAAAGAAUAUAAAGAGAGUUGGAGUUUGAUUGUGGAUCUUGAAAUUGUGGGUAUAAUUAGUGACGAUGGAAAGAUCAUGAAGACGUUCAUUGACAAGUUAAAAAGAAAUAAUAUAGAAAGUGGAUUACGUGCUCUAGGCCUACGUAGGCCUAUUGGUCUAUAA